CCUGGCUGGUGGUGGUAAGCAACAAAAGGGAGGAGUCUAGCUUUUUUUACAGUUCUAUUAGUAUAAUUCUGACCGUCAACCAGCAAAACGUAAUUUACGUAAAAUUUACAUAGGCUGAGAUAUAAUAUCUGAAUAAUGAAUCAGAACGAAGAUAAACGUGCGUACGAGUUGAAAAAUCGUUUGGGAUUCUACAUUUUUAUAUUCCGACUAGCAGGCGUAGAUACACAACCGCAAAGUAGCUGGAAACUGUACAACGUAUACGCCUCAGUCGCAUUUCUGUGUGCUUACGGGAGCAGCGUGGCUAUUGCAGCAGACAUGUUCCUGACAGACGACUUACAGCACAUCAUGGAGAACAUGCGAGCGCUUCUGGGAUCCAUAAGUGCCUUCUGGAUGCAAAACUACGUCAGAUUCCGGAAGGACGCAAUACUGAAACUCAUGGGCCUCACAGAUUCCUUCACGUGGGACGAAUCUCCCGCCAAAGAUUGUCACACAGGGAAAACAUCGAAAGGCUCCCUUAUCCCUGUGAUCAAGAAUUCUGUAUGGAAAUUGUGCCUUUUUGUUAUCGCGUUUCAUGGAAGCUAUUUCACCCUGCAGGUCUCUCUUGGCCGCCGAAUCCUGUCCAUUAACUCUUACUACCCUUUUGACUGGACCGUCAGCCCACUAUAUGAACUGGUAAACAUCACGCAGUUUGUUGCAGCUUCAGUGUACGUGUGCACAAUAUUUGGUUUCCUGGGUCUGUACGCCACUUUUACCUGCAUCGCCUGCACUCAGCUUGAGAAGCUGAGAGCAAACAUUUAUAACAUCAGACAGAAGCAUGACACUACAGAGCAGGACUCGGGUGCAGAGACCGACCAAGAAGAAGAGGGAAAAGUAUACACAACUCAGCAAAUGUUCUGUCACAUGCAGAAACAGCUCAACGACUGCAUACGUCACCAUCAGGAAAUACUUAAAUUCAUGUGGGAACUAGAAAAGACAAUGAACCCAAUGCUAGUGGUCCAGUUCGUUAUUAUUCUUGCUGGUCUAUGCCUCUCAGCGUUCUCAUUGGUUACGAAUAUGGGAGACGUCUUACAGAUGGCCCAAGCGCUGUUAAUAUACUUUGGAUUCAUGACGGAGGUCUGCUGCAUUUGCUGGUUCGGAGACGAACUGACAGAAGAGGCAGAGAGCAUAAGGGAUGCCGCUUGGGGGUGUGACUGGGUAGGAACCCCAGUUACAUUUCAGCGCUGUAUUCUCUUCAUCAUCGUCGCAGCCAACAAGAAGUUCGAGCUCACUGCUGGGAAGAUAGUUGGAGUGUCUAACAAUACCAUGGCAAACAUCUUCAACCAAACACUGUCAUAUCUCACGUUCCUGAUUCAAGCCAAGGACAACAUAGACUGAAACCAUGAGUCAUUUAUGACCUCUCAUUGACCGGAUCAGUGUGAUCCUGAUACACUGACCUUUAGAAAUGUGCACAAAAUGUUCAUUGUAAAACUUGUUAGAAAAGAUCCAUUUGGAAUACCGAA